UAUUUGGUUCAGUUCUCAGUUGUUUUUCGUGUCGGAUAGUUGUCACUCGUCAGCAAGCGGAUCUACGCCUCUCGAGAAAGAAGUUAGCCAGAAAUAAGUGUGCAUUUUCUAUUCUAACAGCAGCCAGUGUUGUGUUGUGCGUGUGGUUCAUUGUGAAUGAAAACACAGCCGUCACUCCCACGCAGAGUCGGUGCGUGUGUGUUGUGUUGUAGUUGUAAUUUCGAAAAAAUAAAAACAAUAGUGCUUUUGUUCUUGUUGGGUUCCACCGUGAACCACAAGUGUCAAGGUAACGAAACGACGAAAAGGUGUUAAGGACAUUGCAGUAGCCUCGAUAAGGCGAAAACAAGUGCAUUUCUCGUUAGUUUUUUUUUUCUGUUCGUGUGUUCUAAGUACUUUUAUGUGUUCUUUGUGCUCCCUGCACUACUCGAACCUUAAGGCCUGUUGGGAAUCGUGAUACCCAAGGCCUGCUCCUCUUCCCGUGUGGGUAACUGUGCUUGUACAGAGUGCUUGUCUCGGAAUCACCCGGACAAUCCCUGCACCCUUUAAAAAAUCUGCUGCAAGCAAAAUAUGAUUUGGGCUAAGUCACGAGCGAACAAUCGGAAUCACUGCCAUGAUGCAUCGACUGAUACUGCUCAAGUGACGCGCUCGCAGCUGGUCGCCAACGUUGCUGCCGCUACGGAACCGGAAGUAACCAACGAACCUAUCGUGCAUCCUGGAUACAGCAAUCAACUGGCGCUGGCCAGCAGUGUACAAUCACUAGUGCCGGAAAAGGUCUGCCGGAGAAGUUCGAUCACCGAAAGCUACCACAGUCUGGACAAGGUCCUGUCGUGAAGAGUGUGCGUGUGUGCGCGGAUCGAGAAGUGGUGCAUAGAGCGCCUUAGAGGCUAAAGAAGCGUGUACAAUAGAAAGCUAUCAAACGAUAUUUGUUACGAGCAAAAGUGAUAAAGUAAAAACUGGAGUUUAGUUGAGAGUAAAAGUUGUUACCUGUACCGCCGAAAAAAAAGAAGCUCGAAGCUUGGAAGUGCUUGAAACCUGUUGAAAGCGAAGAGAAAAGAAUCGUGAUCAAAGCUUGUGAAGCGAAAUUUGUUGCGAAAUCAGGGGGCUGAUAGUUAAUAUUAAUCCGGUUUUAUAAUUUUCGUUUCGAAACCGUCUUCAUCGUUUGAGACGUAACAAAAGUGUGUUUAGUGUGUGCCGUGCGUGACAAGUAAAGUCCACCCCCAUCCGUUACUUAUGAAAAAGUACUUCCUGAAUAAGAUGUCAACCGGUAAGCGCUUGGCAAAACGCUCUAUCAUCGGUACCCGGGUGUGUGCUCCGGGCGCCGAUGGUAUCUGGUACUCGGGGGUGAUCCAGGCGGUCAAAACUCCCCCGCUGGCCAACCAGAAGGACAACACCAACUGCAUUAAUCUGACACCGAACACGCGCUACUCGGUUCGGUUCGACAGUAAGCAGGACAUCUCGCGUCGCGGCCUGGCCCGGGAGUUCCGCGAGAGCGAGUUAAUCGGGCCCGGUUUCAAGACCAUCAUGGACGUCCGGCUGAAACCGGGUCAGAAGGUGUUUCUCACCUACAAUGGGCGCGAGAGUGCCGGCGAGGUGCUGCAGCACGAUGAUCUGAAAGACGAAAUAACCGUUAGGAUCGUACCCGUUGGACAAGAGGUGAGUGCCAGAACUUUCUCGCUUGCGUAUAAACCCUUCCAGUGCCAUCGUGCGGGGCUCGUGAUUACGGCUCAAUUUUGGUGA